ACGGGCGAUCCAAAGGCGGAGUUGCGCAAACUAAGCUAUACACUUGUGUUCUUCAUUGUACAUGUUUGGGUAUUAGUAAAUUCUGAAACAUCCGUCAUGAAAAAAGUCGUUUUGGUGACUGGUGCGAACAGUGGCAUCGGUCUGGCCCUGUGUGAGCGGCUCCUCUGCCAGGAUGCUGAGAUCCAGCUCUGCCUGGCCUGCAGGAACAUGCAGCGGGCCGAGGCUGCCCGCACCGCCCUGAUGGUCUCCUACAGCGAUGCCCACAUUACCCUCCUGCACCUGGAUGUGGGGAGCGUCAGCUCUGUCCUUAAAGCAGCCCAGGAGGUUAAGCUGAGGUAUAACAGGUUGGACUGCCUUUACCUUAAUGCAGGGAUCAUGCCCAACCCUCAGGUGGACAUCAAAGCCCUUUUUAAGGGUUUGUUCUCCAGCAAAGUCAUUCACAUGUUCGCAACGGCUGAGGGUCUCCUGACACAGCACGACCACGUGAACUUAGACGGCCUGCAAGAAGUGUUUGCCACCAACCUCUUUGGCCACUUCUUGUUGGUGAGAGAGCUGGAGCCGGUUCUGUGUCAGCCAGGCCACACCUCACGCCUCAUCUGGACCUCAUCCAGCAAUGCCAGGCGGACUGCCUUCAGCUUGAGUGACAUCCAGCACCAGAAGGGGGCAGAGCCGUACAGCUCCUCCAAAUACGCCUUGGACUUGCUCAGCCUGGCCCUGAACAGGCACUACAAUGACCAAGGUCUUUACUCGUCAGUGGUUUGCCCAGGAUUAGUGAUGACCAAUCUGACCUACAGCAUCCUGCCCUCCUUCAUCUGGACCCUGAUCAUGCCAGUGAUGUGGUUGAUCCGGGUCUUCACCAACACGUUCACACUCACUCCUUACAAUGGGGCCGAGGCCCUGUUCUGGCUGUUCCUCCGGAAUCCAGAGUCUCUGGACCCGAGGGCGAAAUACCACAGCUUAACCUCCGGCUUCGGGACCAACUACACUCAGCCUCGCAAGAUGGAUAUUGACGAAGACAUGUCCGAGGCGCUGUAUGAGCAGCUACUGGAGUUGGAAAGUAAAGUGCGGAAAAAAGUCAAGAAAGAAGAGGAGGAUGCCCGUGCCCAUGAGCAAUACCUGCAGCAGACUGAGUAGCACAGAGCCUCUUAGCUGAGUAUGUGUUAGCUCUGCAUUCGGGAAAAAAAAAAACCUGCUCCAGUCAUUCCAGAUCAGGUUUCAUAGAGACACCUUGGAAGGCUACUGAGACGAUGUAGGGGUUUGCUGCUUUAACUCAAAAAAGGUCCUUUUUCUGACAGGCACUUCAGGGGCACCCUCGUGUCCUGGCGAGGCCUCUCUAUUAGUAAUAGACCUCUGCUAUCUGGCAGGUCAGGGGUGGAUGAUGUUAUCAGGUUUUGUGAAAGUGAUUCUGAAAGACAAACAUAACUGCUGAACCCAGAACCCAUUUGUCACAUGCGAAGGUACAAUGUACAGUGCAGUGAAAUGAUGGUCGGCAGCGGGGCAGACCGUGCAAAACUCACAAUAGAAAAAAAUAUAAUUUAUUCACAAACACAAUUCACAAUAGAAAAAAUAUAAAAAGAAAUAACUUAAGGAAGAUAUAAAACACAAUAGAGAAAUGUGCAAGACAGAUACAGAAGAAAUUGAAUAUACAGACACCUACAUGACAGAAAACUGAAAGAUUUAUAUUUUAUGAUGGAAGACACCGAUGACAGUUUAUGCCUUAUAUAACUCAGACUGGGUCUUCAGAGAGUAACUUCAGGGUGGUGACCCUGGCAGUGUUCUUGCAGUCUGAGCGUGACAGGACCAUGUUGAUGUGAUCCAGUCAGGUUUUAGAUAAUAUGCAUCAAAACUCUAGGACACACCCCCUUUCAUGUUUCAUUAAUAAUGCAGAAAAACAGCUGCGGUUCCAGACAAAUGAGAGCAACUACCAUCAUUGAAUUAUAGUGAUAUGCUCAUUUUAGAUUUUAAUGAGGGGUGAAUGAGAGAUAAGCAGAGCAAAUCGCAGUAAGACCACUACAACAUGCUUGUCUUUAUCCUUUCCAAAUGAACAUGCAGGUAGAGACUGGAUUUACAUUCUCAAAAAUGAUUCCUCUGUCAAGUGUGAUUUCAAGUGUGAUCGAAUUAACUAAUGAUAACUUAUAGCUAUGUGGCUAAGGCAUUUGGUGUUAUGUCAUAUAUACUGUGUGGCCUUUUCACCUCCAGGUCAAUAGUAGUUUCGGGGGUAAGAAUGUACCUAUCGGCUCAUUGUCUUACUGAUUCCUUAUCAGUGUGUUCAAGGUGUGAAGGUUUCUCAUCACAAAAAAGCAUCCCUUAAAAUCCAGGACA